AUGGUAGCAGCAAAUAUGAGUGGCACAGAGAAAAAGAAAUUGCUCGUUAUUGGAAAGUCACAACAACCUAGAUGUUUUAGCAGUGUCAAAUCGUUACCUGUCGAUUAUGCUAACAAUCGUAGAACUUGGAUGACGUCAGAACUUUUUGAAAAAUGGCUUCGUGAUUGGGAUCGGUGGGAUUUGGUGAAGAAGAAGAAAAAUAUUUUAUUGUUGGUUGAUAAUUGCCCGGCGCAUCCAAAAGUUACUGAUUUAAGGUCUAUAACACUUGCUUUUCUUCCGUCGAAUACAACAUCAGUGCUACAGCUAAUGGAUCAGGGAACAAUACGAUCACUCAAAUCUAAUUUUAGAAAGAACUUAGUGCUCGAAAUGAUUAAUUGUCUUGAUGGUAAUGAAUCGUCUACAAAAAUAACGGUGCUAGAUGCAAUUCUGAUGUGUAAUGAUGCCUGGCAUAAAAUGUCACAAAGUACCAUUCACAACUGUUUCAAACAUGCAGGAUUCAUUGAAAACCACGACGAGUUACCUGUUCAAAUAGCAGAACAUGAUUUUGAUGAAGAAGAUGACGUCCCUUUAUCUUUGUGGCCACGAAACCUAAAUUCAGAUUCUUUAGUAGCACCGGAAAUCUGGAAAUUUUUUCAAUACAUAAUACAUGUAUCGUACAUAUUACGUGUAAUUUUUAGUUUUAUUUUAUAAGCCUUAUUAAAAUAUUUAAGUACAUAUUUAUAUAAAAAUAUCACAAAACUCUUUGUAUGACGUCCGCUUAUUAUGACGUGUUUGUCAAUUCCCUUCGAUGUCAUUAUAAACGGAUUCCACUGUAUUCAGAAUAUUUGAAUCUCGGAUGGAUUUCACAAGUCGUUCUCGUUCGUUACAGAUGAAACUUCCUGCUAAUUUCAAACCCGAUCGUGUUCCAGAAUUAGGGUGGUUAUAAAUUAAGCUCGAACUUUUU